AUGUCCUCCGAUGAAGUGGAUUUUGACUUUUGCGACCUCGAAGACUCUCUAGGCCUCGAGCCAGUUCCAAAUCGCUGUGCAACCGCGGACAUGAGCAAUAGUUCCAACAUCUUCGAGCGACAGAAAUUCGCAUCAAUUCAAAGCGAGCUGUGUGGAAUCCAGUUUGGCUCAGGAAACCCCUCCACCUUUCGACGACAGACAGCUACGGGGUUCAUCGAUCCUCUCCCUCACGUGGAUGACUGA